GGUCCUGGAGCUCCUGGAACUCUGAUGGACGAAGUAGAGACUGUAUAGAAAAUGUAUAGUCCCAGUACUCCCAUAAGCGUCUUAGUCGCGGACUCUGUUCAAAUCCAACGAAAUUCUUUUACCCGGAUGGCACUAGCUCUAGAGCGAUAUUGAGGACUUCUGCAGCAUCUCAUGAUCAAUCACUCUUAUUUCACUAUCGACCCAAAUACCGCCACCCCAACAUGUUUUCCGAGAACCAUUGACAGUUCAGCGCUUACGCGUAUGCUCCAAUCCACGCACCGCAUACAACUCAUUCACCCCGUUAUCAAGCGUAUCCAAGCGUGAAGCAGUAGCAGACAGGCCGAAACCACCGUGUAGUGCACUGCAGGAAACGGCUACGGCUCUACAAGCGAAACAGGAGGGAAUGUCUGGACGGACGGUAGCAGCGGUAGAGUCUCGUCAUACCGCCGGACAGGAUGACGAGAGUCUGCGAAGUAACGUGGAGCACCAUCCAUUGAUAAGAUUCAUCGAGCUGCAGGACAAACAGAACAAUGUGACCGAGGUGGAAAUUCCCGUCCCGUACGGGAAGAUCGCUGGCAAGUGGUUCGGACCGAAGAAUGUCCGUCCGAUUCUGUGCCUGCACGGGUGGCUCGACAAUAGUGGCACGUUCGAUCGGCUAAUACCGCUGCUACCGGAAGCCGUAAGCUUUCUCGCGAUCGAUCUCCCCGGGCACGGCUACUCGUCCCGCAUCCCGGACGGUAUGUCCUACUACGUGCUGGACUGCAUUCCCCUAAUUCUCACCAUAAUGCGCGAGUACGGCUGGGCAAAGGUGUCCCUAAUGGCGCACUCAAUGGGCGCCACCAUAUGCUACAUCUUUGCCGCCCUGUUCCCCGACAAGGUCGAUCUAGUGAUUGGACUCGAUGCGCUGAAACCGCUCAGCUUCCAUCCCGACAAGUUUCCGCAGCGCAUGAGCAAACAGGUGCUGAAGUUCAUUCAGGCGGACAUCCGCAAUCAGGAGAAGUCCGAACCACCGUCCUACACGUACGAGGAGAUGAUCGAUCGGCUGUACGAAGGGACGGCCGCCUCUGUAUCGCGCGACGCGUGCCCGUACUUGCUGCAGCGCAACAUUAAACCAUCCCGCAAAUUCCCCGGCAAGUACUACUUCGAUCGGGACAAUCGCAUGAAGUACAACGUCAUCCCGGGCUGGGCGGACAGCGUUAAUGUGGAGCUGGCGAAGCGCAUAACGGCACCGUUUCUGACAGUGAAAGCGAUCGACUCCCCGUAUCCAGGCUCCAGGGAAGGAUUCGAACAGACCGUUGCGAUCCUGAAGGAAGCUAACGCGAAGUAUGAGGUGGUGUACGUGCCUGGGUCACAUCAUGUGCAUCUAACCGAGCCGGAAAAUGUCGUACCGGUGGUGGUGGACUUUCUGCGAAAGUAUUGGCGCAAGGAGAUGGAUGUAGUUAGUAAGCUUUAAACCGAAGAUACGUCCAAAGGGAGGCGUCCCAUGGGGUGGUGUGUGUUUGUUGCGGGUUGUAUUUAUUAGGUUUGGGAAAUUGUUAACAGGGCGAAAUAUAAGAGCAAAAGCUGCGUUUAAAGUGCACUUUUAACCCA